ACCACAGCUUCUCUGAGUACCCUGUGCCAGGGCCUCAGCACCCUCACAUGGGAGGAUUUCUUCCCUCUAUCCCAUCAAACCUAUUCUUUAGUGAAUUCUAAAGCCCUGUUUAAAGUAGGAGGACUCCAGCAGCAAAUCACAGCUUCAGGCAUCCUUCCCCACCCUCCCUGUCUUCUGGAGGCAGAACUGAAGAUGCCACAAUGACUGGUGCACCUCCAGGUUUUUCCCAAUGCUGCCAGACCGGGGAAGUCACGCUGGGGAGGAGUUUCUCCCCAAAACUCCUUGUUCCUUUGCCACCAGAGGGAGAUGCUGCUCAAGAUCCAGACACUGUGUGCACAUCCAGCGCCUGUGUUACAGAAUCAUUGAAGUUGGAAAAGCUCUGAGCUCAUGCAGUCCAACCAUUCCCUGCCAAGGCCACCACUAACCCAUAUCCCCAUGAGUCCUGAUUUUGGUGCUGUAUCCUUGGAGCUGUGCCCUGCUGGGUGAUCUGGUCACUCCACACUCUGUCUUCACAUCAACCCCUGGGGUGCAGAAAUCCCGCAAAUCCCAGGUCACUGCUCUGUGUGGAGUAACAUGGCCAAACCCAGGCUGGAAAACUGCAGCUGGCAGAGGGGCAGUGGACCAACUGCUCCAGGCAACCUGCUGAUGUUUAUUUUCCAAAUGUCCCAAAUGCUUGAGGAGACCCAGAUCCUCUGCUCCUCCUGCAGCAUGUCCCAUGAAGCUGUUUUUGGAUGAGGAAUGAUUCUGAUCUAGACCAGGAGGGAUACCUCCAUCCCACUGCACUCAGACAGAUUGUCCAGUGCUUUUGCCUGCUCUAGAAUAGACAAUUUCUGUUCAUUUGCCUCCUAAUUUCCAUUUUGUUCCUUAAGGAAACCCUCUCCAUCACUUCAGAGAGGUGGAGGGUCAUGCCCCAGCCCAGGAGAGCUCAGUGCCACAGGUGAGAGAAGCUGUCAAGGGUAAUGUGGGAGUAGGAACCGAGCAUGGAUUUUGACAAUGCAGGGAGUAACCCAAGGGCUCCCCAGGAGAACUGGCCGUGCCACUCUGGUGAUCUGGAAAAAGGAGCAAACAGGCAGGAACAGAGGCUACGUCCCUAAGGAAUUAAACAAUACCCAGGUCACAGCCAAGACUGCCUUCCUGUUCAUCUUACCUCAGUACAAUGUUAGUGUGCCUACAGCAGAUGGGGAGCUGGUCCAGUAUCACUAUGGGCUGAAGGAUCUGGUCACCAUCCUCUUCUACAUCUUCAUUGCCAUCAUCCUGCACGCGGUGGUGCAGGAGUACGCCCUGGACAAAAUCAACAGGCGUCUGCAUCUCUCCAAAGUCAAACACAGCAAGUUCAAUGAGUCAGGGCAGCUGGUUGCCUUCCACCUCACCUCUCUCAUCUGGUGCUUGUACGUCGUGGUGACGGAAGGAUACAUUUCAAACCCCCGGAGUCUGUGGGAAAACUACCCGCAUAUUUAUCUGCCGUACCAGGUGAAGUUUUUCUACCUGUGCCAGCUGGCGUAUUGGCUGCACGCCCUGCCCGAGCUCUACUUCCAAAAAGUCCGCAAGGAGGAGAUCCCGCGGCAGCUGCGCUGCAUCGCGCUCUACCUGCUGCACAUCGCCGGCGCCUACCUGCUCAACUUAACCCGCCUGGGGCUGAUCCUGUUGCUGUUGCAGUACUUGGCCGAGUUCUUCUUCCACAUGGCGCGGCUGGUUUGCUUCACGGACGAGAACAACGAGAAGCUGUUUAACGUCUGGGCUGUCGUGUUCGUGGUCACCAGGCUCUUCACCCUCACCUUGUACAUCCUGGUCAUCGGCUUUGGGCUGCCACGUGUGGAGAGCCAGGCCCUGGACCCUGAGAGAGGGAACUUGUUCAGCUUCCUCUUCAACAAUAUCCUCUUCAGAAUGAGUGUGCUGCUGUUGGUGUGCCUCUUCCAGGCCUCGGUGAUGUGGCGCUUCAUCCACUUCCAGCUGCGGCGCUGGAGGGAGUACUGGAACGAGCAGAGCAGUCGGAAGCGAGCCGCCGCCGCCGCCGGCACCAAGCAGCAAACCAAGCUGCUCAAGAGGGACUCGGGUUACCAUGAAAACGGAGUGGUGAAAGCAGAGAACGGAACCUCACCUCGCACCAAGAAGCUCAAGUCUCCAUAGAAGCCAAGGGUUGUCUCUGGGGAGGAGGGUGAGAUACCAGGACUGAGCAGCUCCUCCUCCUGCUCCUCACGAGCGGCGUCUGGAAAGGCUCGGAAUCAUCUUCCCAAGGUGUCUCUCGCUCACCUCCCUUCCUUUCUUGCUCUCGUGAACCGUUUGCAAUAAAACCAAAAAGGCUCCUUUCCCAUCCUCCCAUCCCCCUCAUAGGAACAUUUUCCAGCCCUCCUGGUUUUGCCUUCCUCUGUUUGAUCGUAAACCAGUGUGCAAUUUUUUUUUUUCUUUUCUAUUUUAGUGUUCGGUUAUUUUGGUUAAUGGUUGCAAAUGUAUCGUAGAUGGUUCCAAACAAUCCUUUUUUCUCCUACAGCAUGUUCCUCCCCUCUCUUCAUGGUGCUUCCCUGAGCCCUUGGGACAGGGCCACGACAGCUUGAAGGCACCAAAUGUGUGUUGUGGGAUCAGAUUCCUGGGGGAAUGUGCUGGGGCUGUGAGAUCUGAGGCUCAGGGGUGCUCUCAGGUGAGAUGGGCACACCUGAGCUGUGAGAUCUGAGGCUCAGGGGUGCUCUCAGGUGAGAUGGGGCACACCUGGGCUGUGAGAUCUGAGGCUCAGGGGUGCUCUCAGGUGAGAUGGGGCACACCUGGGCUGUGAGAUCUGAGGCUCAGGGGUGCUCUCAGGUGAGAUGGGGCACACCUGGGCUGUGAGAUCUGAGGCUCAGGGGUGCUCUCAGGUGAGAUGGGGCACACCUGGGCUGUGAGAUCUGAGGCUCAGGGGUGCUCUCAGGUGAGAUGGGGCACACCUGGGCUGUGAGAUCUGAGGCUCAGGGGUGCUCUCAGGUGAGAUGGGCACACCUGGGCUGUGAGAUCUGAGGCUCAAGGGUGCUCUCAGGUGAGAUGGGGCUCACCUGGCUAGUGCUCAGCAGGAUGGUGAUGCUGCAGAGACACCAGGGUCUGAUGGAGGAAGCUCAACCCUGUUUUGUCUCCUGGUGGACCUCUGGUUAACUGGGGUGUUCUGAACCCUGCUUUUGAGAAUUUUCAAGAGCUGGGCAGCAGAGAAGGGAGAGGACUUCCCUCUUCAUGUGGAAGGUUCACCUCCCAGCCUGUGCUUGCCCCAAGAGCUGGGCCCAGGGCUCUGUAGCUCUCAGUGUUUUGUUAUGGGGCAGCACCAUCCUCAGUUCCACAUGAAUCCUUAAUUCCUACCCUGCUCUGAGCACUGGCCUGGCUCCUGUCAGCCCAGGCUCUUUGCCAGCUUGUCUGUGCCUCAUGGACCUGAUGUUUUGUUGUUCAUGACCACAUCCAGGUGGUUGCUGCAAAGGGUUUUUGCAUCAGUGGGACUGUGCCCCUUAUGCUGUCACCUCAGCCUUCCUCGUCCCUACCGUACCAGUCCAGCCAUGCCAUCGGCAGCCACCAGCCUCACUCUUUGUUUCCAAAGGAUACAGUGCUUGUAUCCACCCAAGGUGCUAUCAAAUCCAGGGUUUCUUCCAAAAAUCCCAGCCCCUUCAUCCCUUUCUGAGCUGUGAAUGAGAUGACAGGGAAGGAAGGGGAAGGAGGCCGGGGCUGCAAGGAGCAGCUUGCAUUUUAGGAAAAGCCUGGCUUGUGACACAUAGCUGUUGGCAGAUGGAGUUGUCUCAAAUCUACCUCAGAGGCCAUCUGCUGCUGCAGACACCACUUUCCUCUUUUGCUCCUGCCCGCUGCCACCUCCACGUGCAAGAGGUUUUGUGGAAAUCCAGAUCCCACCAGCCUGAUCCCUCUGCUGGGGAGCAGCAUCUGCUUGGGCUUUUGUGGGUGAGUGCCAUCCCUCUGGGCUUCUUUUUGGGGUGCCAGGCCAGGCUGGUUUGGCAGGUGAGCAGUGGUGGCCCCUCUGUCCCCACACUGUGCUCUGGGGCGGUUCCUGAGCUGGGCUUUGCUGUUGGUGCCCCUUGUGCAGCGAAGCCGGCCGUAGCUUUAGUUCUGCUUCGCCACGGCAGGAACAGGGGACUCGUGGUGUGUCCCCUUGGCUGGGUGAGGACAGGGACACAGAGCUGGGCUGCUCUCCAUGUGCAGUCCAGGAUUGAUCCCUGGCAUGCCCCUGGCUCAGCCCUUGGAGGCUGCUGAACUCUCCAAGUGCAAUUCCAGCUUGAGGCUGGUGCCGUUGUUCUUCACGCCAGUUGUGUUUUGAGGAAUGGGUGACAGUUGAUUUUCUGCCCCUCUCUGAGUUGAGUUGGGGUUUUUUUCCCAUUUGUCUGGGUGGUUUUUGUCCUUUCCUCCCCCUCUCCUUGCUGAGGAGGCAUUGGAAGGACAAAAUGUGCAGGGACAUGAGGACAUUUGGUCGAAUUCCGCUUGUUCCUCAAUCCCCACAACGUUUGAGUGUCCAGUGAGGGAUACUGCCAGGAGAGGCCUUUCCCCAUUUUCAGGGGAGGUGGGGAAGGAGGCUGGAGCAGAGCCCUGGGUGGUUCCUUGCCAUUGCUGCUCACAGCCUGUGCUGGGAGGAUAAAACACUGUUUGGCUCAGAGGCAGCGACAGGACCCGCAGUGCAGCGUGUCUGGGGGAUGAGAGAGCUUUAUGUUGGGGAGAACACAGAAAAGGUCUAGUGGGAGAGGUUUUUCCUUUCUCCUGCCUCUUCUCAUCCACUGCCAGUGCCCUCCAAGAGCAACUGCUGGCUGGCACCUCCCCAGACCCUUGGCCAGGCCUCACAGCAGCCGAGCUGCUGACUCUGCUAGCAGGUGACACAUGGAGCCCCCCAAAAACACAGCUGCUGAAUGGUUCCUCCUGCCUGCUUGCCUUCAGGCAGCUUUUCCACUUGCACAAUCCUCUCUUCUACCAUAGCUGGUGAUGCUUUGUAUCCCAAGUGCCUUAAGUUGUAGCCUCUCUGCACUAUAGCAGUAGCUGAACACCCUCCUUUGUUACUAUAUAUGUACAACACACGCUACAUUUAGGUGUCUUUUGUUUUCUUUUUGGUAGAGCUACCAGGAAAAGGGACGUUGUUUUUGAAGCAUUUCCAUUUGUUCUUUUUAUGAAUUUGGUUUUUUAAACCUAUAGAUGAUGGGGCUUUUUUUUUUUUAGUCCUCAGAAAUCCCCAUCCUUCGGUUAGACCCAAACCUGGCAGGUUGUUUUUUUUUUUGAGCUGAGCCUUUGUUGUGAGGCAAUAUCCACUGUCAUCCUGGAGGUUUUCAAUCUCCUCUCCAUCAGAGGGGCUGCCAUGGGCUGCUCCUCUCUCUGUGUUGUAGUGCAAGCACAAUCCCUGGGCUGCAAGCCCACAGUAACUGCUCCUGUGUCCGUGUCAUUUCUCAGCACAUCCAGCCUUCCUCUGCCCAAAGAGCUUUUUCUUGGAGCAUUUUCACUGCAAGCCCUUGGUGGUCAGUCUGUCCUUGGCUGCUCUGCCUAUGAAAUGCCACGAGCUCACUUCCCUUUAGUGGAUGCUCUUCUCCUGCCCCAUCUUGUCAAGCCCUGUGUCAUCUGCAGGAAACAUCAUGGAAUUGUUGGGUGAGGUUGGAAAAUGCCUCCAACACCAAAAUCCAACCCUGAACAGGAGCUCUUGUCCACCACAGUGCAGAAGGUGAUGGAGUUUAUCCAAAACUUGCAGUAGGACAUGAUUCCUUGCACCCUUCCUGUGGGUUUGAGGCUGCUUUAGUAGUCUGUGUCCAUUAUCCAACCUAAGGAGGCCAGGAAUUGAGUAGCCUGUGGAUUUUGGGGUGAAGUGUAGUGUUCUCCUAGAAGAGCUGUGAAAUACCAGCACUAGUUCUCUCUUGUCUUAGGUGGAGAAUGGGCUUGGGAAGAGAAAGGGGUGGAAGAAGAACAGAUGUAGCAUUUCACAUACAGUUUUUGAGUGACUCUUACAUUAUGGGGCAUUAUAGUCACAUUUUGUCUUGUUGUUGUUGUUGUUUAGGAUUCUUUCUUUUACUCAUCAUGUUUGGGUUAGUAGUAGCCAAAUUCCAGUUCCCCUGUAGGUCCCCUUAUCCUCAACUCAGUAUUUUUGGUAGGCUUCCUGGUUGGAGGGAAGAGUGGCCACUCUGGGAUGUCUCUUCCUUGCCUCCAAGUGACUCUGGAAGCUUGGAGCCACCCUGCCUUUGCUGCAGUGCCUGGGGGUUUGCAGCAGCCUCAGGCUCUUGCCUUUGAUAGAUGGACCCCAGAUUGUGUCAGCAGUGGAUGGAGAUGAUGGGGUUUGAUUUACAGCCUUCCAGCAAACUUCAUGGGGGAUGAAAGGUUGGUUUAGUAGGUUUUUUGCCCAGCAGUGAAGUAUGUUCCUCCUUGGAGCUGUGUGGGAUUUUUUCUGGGAAGAAUGGCUGUUGGAAGAGCCAGGCAGAGGUGUGUAGUUUUUCCUCAAAAAUGUUGAACUUGUCUGCAGAAAUUUCAGCAAAGGAACUUGAGGAAAAUGUCUGUUCUUCCAUAUUUAUGCUUUAGUGCAAAUUUCCUGAUUUUGGAGGGGGUGGGGGGAAUUAACAAUUUCUGGUAUUUUAUCCUGUUGUUUCAUUCUUCCUGUCACUUCAGUUUUUGUACGGAUUUUGUUUGUUGUUGUUCAUUGUUCAAUGACUUUUGUGAUAAACUCAGCAGAAGUAUUUUUCUGAAAUAAAUAAA